AGAACACACAGGUUUGUAUCACACGUGCGUCAUUAACACACAUAAAAUCUGAGCUGUCUUUUUUUCCAGACGUCGGCGAUGACCAGCCGGGUCGGCGAGCUGCACAGUGGCACAAACAGAACGUACCGGCGGGCCGAGGAUGUGUUGUCCCUCCUCAGGAACAUGAGCGCCAAUAUAAACGAACUUCUGCUGAGGUCGAACAGUUCUUCGCUAAACGAGACGGAGGCAGAGGAGGAUGGCGAGGAGAGGGAGAGGAAGAUGAGGGAGGUGCAGGCCAUGCUGAGGGAGAUGAGGCACAGGAGCUGCACGGGUCAGAUGAAGAUGGCCGACAAAGAGAAGGCAGAGGCUGAGAAACUGUUGGAUCGGGUCAGCAGGCAGCUGGUGGACCGUCAGGAGGAAAACGACAACCUAACUCGAUCCAUCAGUGACCGUCUCUCCCGCCUCCACGCUGACACGAUGGACCUCCGAGACGCCCUGAAUGAGGCUGUGAACAACACGGCGAGAGCUGCCGAGAUCAACAACGCCAACGAGAAAAGCCUGGACGACCACAAC